AUUGAGAGUAUUGCUUUUUGUGUUGUUAAAAUAUAAUGAAUGAGAAUGUAGCAGUUUGUGAUGUUAAAAUCUGAGCAAGUGAAGGGGUUUGUGUUAUUACAAUUUGAGUGAGAAUUCAGCUCUUUGUGUAUUUAAAACUCGUCAAGUAAGAGUGCAGUUACUGUGUUGUUAAAACCUAUUGAGAGUACUACGGUUUGUGUUGUUAAAACACAAUGAAUGAGAAUGUAGCGGUUUGUGUUGCCAAGCUCAGGCAAGAGUUGCAGGUGGUGGUGAUACAUUGUUAUUGUUGUGGUCCCCAGGCAACACUCAGCCUCACUCUUAACUCUCACACUGGAAUUGAACGCACAGAUCAAGUUGGUAAUAACUGAGCGACCACGUUUCAGCAUUGUGUCAUUGGAUAUGAACAUUUUCAAGCCAUAGUUGGAUGUCCCACCAUCUGCUACCCUAUUUUUCACUUGUUCCCUCAACUUGCUCUGCAUUGUCCUGUGGGAUAUAUCUGUCCCUUGCCAACUGGAAGGUGUGAUUACUGAAUACAUUCAAUCUACAUAUGAAGAAAGAUUUGUGUUGGCAGGAAUCCCUGACCCACUAGAUGUGGGGUAUCCACACUACACAUUUUGAUUAUUUCAAGAUUUUAUAGACUAGAACAUUUCAAAAGUGAUUUCUUGCAUUACUUUUAAUUUAGUUACAUCUUGACAUACACUGUAUAAAGUUAUAUAUUGUUCUUGUAAGUUACUUCUCUGUUUGCCUUAAAUAUUCAAGGCUUUUUCAUAUAAAGGAUUGGAAGGAGGCCUUAUUUUUGUUGUAGUUAAUUGGUGCAGUAUUAAUAUUUCUUCUCAAAAAAAAAGACUAAUCAGAUAUUCUUUGGUAUCUAUAUGUAUAUACAGUAUAUAUACGUAUAUAUAUAUAUAUAUUCUUUCUUUCAACACACCGGCCGUAUAUAUAUAUAUAUAUACAUUUGAACUGUAUAUCAUUUAUAAAAGAAAUAAGCCUACUUUGUUUCACCCUUUAAAUACUGUUGUACUUGUAGAAAUUUACCUGAAUAAACUUACUUUUGAGAACAAAAAUAAUUUCCAAGAAUGACUUUCAUUUUAUAAAAAGUUAGUACAUAUAAUGAGAUUAAAUAAAGCUAAAGAAUAUAAUCGCAGUAAUUCCUGAGGACUUGCAGCAGUGUCUUGAAUUUAGCUGUGAUACUUAGCGGAGAUAAUCCUUAGCCUAGUGUUGACACUAAGGAAGUGAUCAAGAGUACCUGCAGAUUUAGCCAAUAAUUUAAUAUUCCUCUUAGUCAUGACUUUGCUUAAGAAAUAAAAAUAAAUAUGAACGAUGUCUUUCCAAAUGUAACUGAUUGUAUAUGUGGCCUCAUUGGUAGCUCUGGUGAGUGAAUGAAUGAUGAACUUUAGGUUUUAAGUUAUACAUAAGCUCAGAGCUUUCAGUAUUGUGUUUUUAAAUGUAAUUAGAACCCAUUAGUUUGUGAAACCUACAUCUAAUAUUGUGAUGGACUUUUACUGCCAUGGAUUUCUUAGCAUAUACAUCUAACUUCAAAAUUAAAUUGGUAAUUGUCAAACAAGUAUUUGAUUUGAAUUUUCUGUUAUUUAUACUUUAGCAUAUAACAACACUGUAGCAUACACAUUCAUUGGUACAUAGGGUAAAUUUGUAUUGACAUACUUUUAAAUGUUUGUUUUAAAUUAGAUGGUUGUAUCCAUAGUGAGAAAAUGUUAAUGUAAUUAGGAACUAGCAGACUAACACCAUGUAAAAUAUAUAUAUAUGUAUAUAUAUAUGAGUAUACUUAUAUAAGAUUGUGCACAUAUUGUACAGAAUUAGAACUGUAUGCAUUAAAUCUUAGUAUGUAUUGUCUCAUAUACAUGUAAAGCCAUAAAAUAUCAUUAAGGUUGUAUAUCCCCUUUGCUUUUAUUUCUUGUGUACAUAUAAUUGGUAAAAAAAAUCAAAUUUCUCCUUGUGUUUUGGAGUGGUAAAGAGAAUUUGAGAUGGUAUUGGUAGGUCAUUAUCACAUGGGAGGGGUGCUGGGAAGAGGAAAGUUUGGAUGGGUGUCACGGGCUACACACAGAGUAGUUGGUUACCAGGUGGCAGUGAAGCACCAGCCAUGGGCUGUAGGAGGAAUAGGGUGUGGAGGAGAAGCUGGGCAACAUACAGAUUGUCAGCAUGUGGAAGAAACACAGUGGCGUGCAGCCUUAGAGAAUGAAGCAGCCCUUCUGGCAAAGGUUUCGCACCCAUCAGUUGUUGCUUUGUUAGAAGUGAUGCGGGGACCUUCUGGUCUGUAUGUGUUCCUUGAAGAUCUUGGUGAUACUACACUUGCUGAUUUAGUAACACAGCACUUUGAAAGAAAUUGCACUGGUCUUGCUGAGCCUUUAGCUGCAAUAAUUUUUACCCAAGUGGCAGCUGGUUUGCAUCACUUACAUAACCAGGGCAUAUUGCACAGAGAUGUAAAGCCAGAAAACAUCAUGGUUGUGCCAGGGAAAACAUUGGUGGCUCCAGUUGCAAAAUUAAUUGACUUAGGCUUAGCAGCAGUAUGGGAGCCUUCCUCUCCAUUGACUACUGCCCGAACUCGUGCAGGAACUGUCUCUUACAUGGCACCUGAGCUUACUUCAGCAUCGCAUGAAUAUGGGCCAGAAGUAGAUGUAUUCAGUUUAGGUGCUUCUUUGUAUUUUACACUGAUAGGGGAGGUACCUUUCAGCGAAUACACAAGAAAUGGACGUCGAGGUACCACAGCAUUAUUUGGGCUUCAGUUACAUCAUGAAGAUGCUUUGGAUACUUUGACACCUCAAGCAGCUGUUGUACUUCGUGCCAUGCUUCACACAAACCCUAAAUGUAGGUGGACUCUUCAAAGAGUGUGUGAAUAUGAUUGGUUUUGCAAGCAAAACUCUAUGUCUGUUUCCCUCAAUAAACUUCAUUAUCCUGUAAAAAGGGUUGUCUUUGAAGUUGAUAGUUUAUCUACUAUUCAUGAGAGGAAUGCAUCAGCUAUGAAUGCUUGUAAACCUGCUGAAAUCUCCAACAGUAUCAAGAGAUCUGAGGAUGAAAUAGAUAGUGGAAGUUUUAAGUAUUUGUCCAUCUGUGCAAAAAACAUUGAGGUAAGCAGCAACUCGGAUGAAGCUGACAGCAGUAAUGAUGUUAAUACAAGUGGCAGCAGUAGGUGCUAUUGGAUAAAUAUGCAGUGUGUAGGCCAUGUAUGUUCUCUUCUGCAUAAAGAUUCAGAGGAUGUUUUGCUCCACUUGGGUCAAGAACCGUGGGGUCCUGUAGGUGGUAUGUAUAAUCUGUUGCUUCAUACUGUACAUACCAGUGACCACACAGUUGCAUAGAUACAUUUAAUUGAAUGCUACUCAUAUUUUAUUGUACUGUAAAGCUGAAACAUAAAAGAUUGUGGUGUAAAAAAAUUACACAUAGGUUGGUAAACUUGAAAUAAUGUACACUUCAAAUUUUUAAGCAAUAAAAUAAUUUCAUGUAAUAUUUUCUUUAGUGAUGGUCAGUUUACCUGGAUGAACCAGUGAGUUCACGGUUGCAUGAUAAUAUACUGUAUGUUUUAGUAACUGUGAAUACAGUACUGAAUGUGUGUGGAGUAAUGACUAUCAUUUUACUGUUUUCAGAGUGUAUACCAAGGAACAAUUUAUUUACAUGAAAUGUUUUAGUACUAUCUUGUAUUACUGCUAUAUUGUGAAGAUGCAUCAGUAGUUCUGCAGUAUCACUUGUAUUGAAGUAUUAAAACAUUUCACCCUGGUAUUCAUUUUCAUAUAUUUUGAUACAUGGCACAAUUUUUUGUGAAUAUUAUUAGUAAAUUUUAUGGCUGCUACAUUUUAAUGGAUAUGAUUAUUACACAAGUUUUGAUCAUGUCAUUCCUUUUUUUUCACAAGGAAUUCUGUAGAGUAGAAAUUCAUCAAGAAAUUAGAUGUUCCAAUGCCUACUUUAAUUCUUGGGCUGUGUGCUUGAUCAGUAUUUAUACAAGUAAGGAUUUUCAUAUAAAGUUUGUAAGAGUUUUUAAAAUUAAUUUAGUAUUAGAGGUUAACCAUCUAUAUAAUGGACUGAUGGGCAGGGCAGUGGAGAGCUAGUGGCCAGUAAUGGCAAAUGUGGUGAAUAGAGAAGAGAUUGUGUUGCUGCGAUUGUAACAGUAACAGACAAAGAUUAUUUCUGAAUUGAUUGGCCUAGUAGAUUUUGCUUCAUGUUUAAGAAGUCUGUUAUAUCAAGGGAUUGUAAUGUUUUACAUAGACUCAGAAUGUAUGUGGUGUGCCAUGUAAUCUAUAAAGCUCCUUCAGUGAGUGGGAUUUUUCACAAAUUUUUUACAUUUAGUGUGUGUGUGUGUGUGUGUUUGUUUUACCAGUUGUCAGAGGCACUUGUCGAUAGACACUUGGCCUGUUUGUAAUGUACAUGUGUGUGUGUGGUGGGGUGUGUGGUUUUGUACUUGCCUAAUUGUGGUUACAAGAGUAGAGUCGUGUUGUAUUUAUAUGAUACUGUAUAUAUAUGUAUGUUUGUUUGUUUAAUAGAGGAAAAAUUGUCUAAGUAUUAAUCAGCAACACACAUUUGUCAAAUAAGGAUAACCAUCUAUUUUUGUAAACAAUCUACAAAAUUUUUAAUUAUGAUAUCAACUAUAAAAUUAAAUUUAAAAUCUUCGGCUUUGUUAGGUUAAGGUAUAUUAGGUAACAUACUAUUAAGUAAGGCUAAAUUAAGAAUAUCAUGUUAUGACAUGUGCAUAUUUACAAUUUCUUUUUUUUUUUACAAUAUUAUAUCUCUUCAACUUUGGAGAUUAUCACCCAUCUACAGCUUGAUCUUGCCUGAACUUCCCAGUCAUCAAAGUAAUUCUGGCAGUCCUCAGUUUGGUGUAGUCACUAGACCUUGGUUGAACUUUUAAAUUAUGUGAAUUUAAGUAUUUUUCACCUGAAGAACAAAAGGCACAAUACCAUAACUGGAACAAUACACAAACAACCCUCACAUAGGAGAAAUAAACUUAAGACGAUGUUUCAGUCCAAGUCGGAUUGAAACACCGUCAUAAACUUCUUUCUCCUAUGUUCGGGUUAUUUGUGUAUUUUCCAUCUGAAAAGAGGUAAAAGGUCUGUGUCUCCUUAUAUACGAAUGGUUGCUAUUUUCCAUAAUAAAACCUUGUUUCUUAUAGGAUCUAGGGUAUUUAAAUACAUUUUAGUCCUUGUGUGUUCCUUCCUUUAGAAAAGAAAUAUUUUUGCUGGUUUUACAUCAAUCUUUCAACAUUAAUUAAAAUUUGAAGUAGUAUUAAAUUGCUAUAAAUUGCCCUACAUGGUAGUUAUCCCUAUCUGCAUGACAAAUAUACUCAUUCUUGGUAUGUAUUGUAAUACAUUGUACGAGUAUGUGCCUGCUGAGACAACUCUCAUACUGUACCUACAUUUUGACUGUACAAAAAAUUGAAAUUAUUUUAUUAGGGUUUCAGAUUAUUAAAAGUUGAUAGAUCUUUGAAAAAAAUGAUCUCUUAUUUUUAGUGUUAUAAUAAAUCUUUGUGCUAUCACUUAAAAAAAAAGAAAAACUUAAUGUUGUGGAAAAAGUUGGAAUCUACUUAAUGUUGUGGAAAAAGUUGGAAUCUCUGAGAAUCUCUGAAUUAGGAUAAGUGUUUAGGUUUGAGCCAAAUAAACCUUCAGCAAAUCUGAAUCCUCACUAAGCUUAUUAGCCUUUAACCCUUUGACUGUUUCAGGCCCCUCUCUGAAACUGUCAUUCUAUGUCGCUCAAUUUUUGAAAAAAAAAAAAUUUUUUUUCUUAUGAAAUGAUAGAGAAUCUUUUCCCGAUGGUAAUGACACCAAAAGUUCGAAAUUUGGUCGAAAACUCAUGGAAUUAUGCUCCCGCGAAGUUAGCGGUCUCGGCGACAUAUGCGUAUCGGCGAUUUCGCCGACUUUGAGCCCUAUUUUCAGCCAAUUCCAUUGUUCCAGUUGACCAAACUCAUAGCUAUUUCUUUAGAACUCCAUUUUAUCUAUCAGCUGAGUACAAGAAACCUCCCAUUUACUAAUUUGGACUACCCAAUAUGGUGGUCAGAAAUUGGCAAUUUGGCCAAUUUCAUGCAAACUAAAAAAGAUGCCAAUUUCAAAAUAGGGUCCAGAAUAAACAAGGUAGACAUUCGUGGCACUAAAAUAACAUAUGCUCUGUUCAUUAGUCAUAUCUCUAGGCCCCUCUUAUAUUAUUAUUGCUUUCUAUUUUGAUUUUUUAUUCAUACAAAAAAAUACAAAAUUUACUGUUAUGCAGACUACUGGAUUAUUGUAAAAAUGGUAUAAAUAAUAUCAGUGCACUAGUGAAAGAAUAUUAGACUCCCCAGUUGAUGUGUAUUGGACGUGUGGUGUGCUUUAUUUACUCCUGAACAUUGGUAAAAAUCGAACAUUUCCGCUACUUUGAGCUCAGUUUCAAGGUUGUUUUCAUUGUCAAAGUAAUGAAAAUCAUCUCUAUUUCUGUAAUAUGUUUUCCAUUUUAUCACCUAAGACCAUGAAAACGCGAAUACAAUGAUAAAUACUAUACGAAAAUACACCUCAAAGUCGGCGUUUUAUUCCAAAAAAACGAUCAGAGUUUUUUUUUCUCAUUACGCAAUGUGUGCUGCAGGAUUUUUUUUAUGUGGUGCACACUGACCACACAGACCCAUUCUCUCACAUGUGGGCCUACCAGCUUUCUCCCGCUUGAUUUGAAGCCGCUAGAAUUAUUGAGUAUAUAUACGUCAGAAACAUUGGCUCGUAAGACGUAUUUAUACGUCGAAAACAGUCAAAGGGUUAAUUAAGCUGCCGAUGACAUAAAUUUAUGCCAACUGGGAAAGUGCCAUUGACAUAAAUUUACACCAAAAUUCUAGGAUUGCUACAAUGCUCCUAGUUGGCCUGAUAAGGACUACAUCAGAGAAAACAGGUCUAUGCCUUAGGUGUGCACAGUAUAAAAAAAAACCAUGUGUGCAAGUCAUUGUGGGAGCCAGUAAAUGCUAUUUGCAUUUGAUUACAUGUGUUUAGUGUUUACAUUUGGUUAGUGUGAUUGAACAAUAAAUAUAAUAUGAAAACAUAGAUAUAGGUGUAAAGCAUACUAUCCAUAAAAAAAAAAUUAGACACUGGAAAGACUUGUAAAAUAAUUUAAAGUAGCAGCUACAUCUUAUGUGGCAAACACUCAUGUUGUCAUAAAAUGACCACAAAUGUCACAUUCAAAUCUUCAUAUCCCAAUAAGUAAUAAUCAUAUUUAACUUACUCUUAUUACACUUUUAACUUCAGAGAUAACUUUUUAAUUUUCUUCAAAAUUGUUGGCACUGAGGGCAUGUAUAAUUUAGACCUUUGACAGUUUAAGGUUUUAUCUCUCUCUAGUGUAUCCUAGAAAUACAAGAUUAUUCAUAUGACAAUGAAAACAUACUUGUCAGGGAUCUUCCGGAUAAUUUUUUUUUUUUUUUUUUUUUUUUUUAACAAGUCGACCGUCUCCCACCGAGGCAGGCUGACCCAAAAAGAAAGAAAACCCCCAAAAAGAAAAUACUUUCAUCAUCAUUCAACACUUUCACCUCACACUUGUUCCAUGGUUAAAAUAUAUCAGGUUCAACUAUAUACAGCAGUUCCAGUUAUACUUUCUACUACUGAAGUUGAAAAGGAAAUUUUUAGUGUCUUAUUGUAAUCAUGGUUUAUACAGUACUUUGUAAUGUGAGUUACAAGACUGUUUAAUAAGCCCAUAUGAAGUGAAGAUUCACCUUGUAUAAUCUGUAAAAUGUACACAUUUUCAAAACUUUUAAAAAAUAACCAGCAAGCUGAAAAUUUAUAAGGGAAUUAUAUUAUAGCUACUGUACUGAUUUUUGAGUAAAAAUUAACUUCACCUUUUUUUUUUUUUUUACCACACUGGCCAUCUCCUAUCAAGAUAGGGUGACCCCCAAACAAGAAAACAUUAAUUAUUAUUUAUUGAAUAGCUAUCUUGCCAGAAGAACACAGACAUCACAAUUCAAACGACCCAUGUGUUAAAACUCGGUGAGUUUUGUAGUUAAUGUAGUUGCCAACUACAUUAGUACUGUAAUAGUGCAGAAUAAUCUGUACAGAUACAAUAUAGUACUUUUUUGGUGAAUGUAAUUAUUUCCAUAGAAUACCAUACUAUGAACGCAUACAAAGUAAUACUGUGUAAGUCCAGCUAGAUUUAACUAUGUAAACUGCUAUUUAGUAUUGUAAAUACUGUCCUGUACAUUGUUAUACUAUAGUCUCUCUUCAAGAGAGGUUUAUUGAUGCUAGUAAAGGGUUCUUGAACCAUAGAAUUGAACCUGCCCUUCCUUGGACUGAUUAUUAUUAUAGUAAUCAAAACCAAGUGCUAAACCCACCAGGGUUAUACAGCACUGCUUCC